ACCUCGCCUCAACGCCAAUCACACCCUUCACACCACGCGCACGGCACGCUGCCACGGGCGCCGCCGACAGCAGGAGCCACGGCGGAGGGCACGAGCCGACACCCCCCCCCCCCACCUCUCCGUUACAGAACAUCAGCGAGCAAAACGUGUCGACGGCACAGAACUGACUGCUCGCCGACUUCCUGUGUGAGCGAGCGCGUGCGUGCGUGUGUGUGUGUGUGUGAGAGGUCAUGUCAGGCAUGACGAGCGGCGUGUGUGUGGAGAGCGACCUCUCCUCGAUGCUCCAGAGAAGCUCCGCCCCCUCCCACCACCACCCGAAUCACCAUGGCUACGGCGGACAGGGACAGGUGUCGAGCCUGGCUCCGAUGCUGGACUACACCACGGAGAUGGACCGUUACCGCUCAUCCAUCGCCAGCUUCUAUAAGACCAACGUCAACAUGAACGUCACAAACUUCCCCCAGUCUGCCAAACUGGCGGCUCGUUUGGCGGCCGCCGCCCCCAUCUUCCCCCCCGCCGCCGCCAGGCUGGGCGCCAUGGCGACAGCGCCCUGGGGUUGCCAUGACAACAUGAACGUGAACGUGAACAUGAACCACCCGGCUGCCAUGUUCUGGGGCCGGCCCAAACCCGUGGCGACCGCCCCGACGCAUCACCACCACCACCACCAUCACCCCUCGGCAACGCCAGGGCACAUGACCUCUCCACACCCCCACAGUACCAGCAUGCACCAGGGGGGGUCGGGAGGGGGCGGAGGAGGAGGUGGAGGGAGCGGUGACGGGGGAGGAGCUGAAAAACACGGACACACUGCCUCCUCACUUCCUGUCACACAGGGAACAGCACACCAUCACCCCAUGGCGCCUAGCAACGGGAACUUCCUCCCCGGUUACGGCGGCGGGGCGGACUGCGGCGUCAUGAACAAACAGGGACACGCCCACCCGGACAUGAUGGGCCUAUCGGAGGGCGGGAGCUGCAAUGGGGGAGGGGUGAUGGGCGGUAGCUUCCUGGGGGGGCUGGGAUUACCCCCCGGGGUUAUUGUCAUGGCGAUGGGGUCGGCAGGGGCGGGAUCUCAGAUGCCAGCAGCGCCUUCCAGAUGA